GUAGAGUGGCCUAAGCUGGCGGCGCACAGUUAAGUUUACUCGGGCGCGACGGGCUCUGCCGAAGGCCCCCGUGAGCCGGGCUGGGGGAGCUGUAGGGAUAACCAGGAAGGGCCCCUGGCGUUGUCGGUCGUGCGGUGCUCGGGAGUCCCCCUGGCAGAGACCGUGCCCCCCUUCGCCCGGCUCCCGGUGUUCUCCUGCCGCCGGCCCGCUCCCGGAAGCCGAGGCAGCUGGUAACAAAGAGCCUGCCAGGCCGCCGCUGCCGGGGCUGCGGGACCCAGGAGUCCGGCGGAGCUGCUGGGAGUGGGAGCGAGCCGGGCCAUGAGGCCAGGUUCGCGGCAGUGAAGGGCGGCAGCCGAGGCGCUGGUGCGGGCCGAGAGACAGGUACCUCCCUGCUCGCCAUCCGUGGGACGCGGGGCGCGAGUGCCUCUGCUCUCCCGGCCACUCCACCUGGGAAGGCGGCUUCGCGACGUUCCCCGGCGGCGCCUGGCCUUCAGCGGCAAGGACCGACCUCAGCCCCGGCUCGGAACCCCGGGUUUCUCUGCAGGACUCAGAGAAGACCCGGCUCUUCCCCGCGGGGUCCUGAAGCUUUCUGCAAAGAAGCUGGGGAAGCCUCACGGGUUUUGUUUUUAAUAAAAAGUUUUUAUAAGUCUUCAUUUUUAGAAAUUUUUGCAGAGUUUGAAGUGCUCUACCUCUUCGCAUCCUUUCUCCUGCUCCUUGAGUCUUUUUUUCCUUCUCAGCUAUAAACAUUUUUACUAUCGGAGCAGACUAGGGAUGAACGUUUUGUAAUUGAAAGUGUAACUCUUACAACCUCGUGGUCAAGAUGGACAAAAAGUCCUUUGAAACGGUGCUGGAUGAAAUUAGAAAGGCUGUUUUGACAGAGUACAAAUUAAAAGCAAUUGAAUAUGUGCAUGGAUAUUUCUCUAGUGAACAGGUGGUUGAUUUACUGAGGUAUUUCUCCUGGGCUGAGCCUCAGUUGAAGGCAAUGAAAGCAUUACAGCAUAAAAUGGUGGCUGUUCACCCAGCAGAAGUGGUCAAUAUACUCAACUGUUUUACCUUCAGUAAAGACAAACUAGUUGCUCUUGAACUGUUAGCUUCAAACAUUGUUGAUGCACAGAACUCGCGUCCCAUUGAAGAUUUGUUCAGGGUAAAUAUGUCUGAGAAGAAACGGUGCAAGAGAGUACUCGAGCAGGCUUUCAAGGGGGGCUGCAAAGCUCCUCAUGCUAUGAUAUCUUCUUGUGGAACGAUCCCAGGAAAUCCAUAUCCCAAAGGAAAACCUAGUCGCAUAAAUGGCAUUUUUCCAGGAACCCCUUUGAAGAAAGACGGUGAAGAGUGUACCAAUGAAGGCAAAGGAAUAGCUGCACGGAUUCUCGGACCGUCCAAACCACCUCCUUCAACCUAUAAUCCACACAAGCCUGUUCCUUAUCCGAUACCUCCGUGCCGGCCGCAUGCAACUAUCGCACCAAGUGCUUAUAACAAUGCAGGGCUGGUACCAUUAGCCAGUGUCAUAGCUCCCGGCGUGCCCCCUCCGCCUCCGUAUACUCCUAAUCCAGUAGCAGCAGAAAAUGAAGACCUUUCCAGCCAGUCAAAACCCACACAGAGUCAAACGUUUUCUACCCCAGCAAGUCAGCUCUUCUCUCCUCAUGGCUCCAAUCCCUCGACACCUGCUGCAACUCCCGUGCCCACUGCUUCCCCGGUGAAGCCCGUGAAUCACCUGUCAGCAGCCGCCACUGCCACCGUCUCCGGGAUGAACCUGCCCAGUGCUGUCCUCCCUGUGUUCCCGGGGCAGGUCUCCUCAGCCAUUCACACGCCUCAGCCGUCCACGCCCAACCCGACGGUUAUCAGAACCCCUUCCUUGCCGGCCGCACCUGUUACUUCCGGCCACAGCGCAACAGCGGCUCCUGUUCCUGCCGUUUUUUCUGGCUUCGUUCCGCUGCCAGGUCCUUCCGCUGCUCCUGCCCCAGCCCCUCAGGCCACGUCUGCGCCUCGGGCCACCUCUGCUUCCAGUGAGACGUUCGCUUCUACUUCUGCCCCUUUCACCGGCCUCCCCUUUUCUGCCUCCUCUACUGCUGCUUCUGCCAACAGCCUAAAUUCUGCUUCGUUGUCAUCGGUUUUUGCAGGUCUCCCCUUGACCUUAACACCAGCCUCCCAAGGGGUGUCCAACCCGCCUCCUUCUGUAAUCACCGGUGGUUCUGCUCCCAGUGUCGCUUGUCCACUUGCUGUGAAUAAUCCUCUUCUGUCUGCCUUGAAAGGCUUCCUGACAUCAAAUGAUACCAGUCUAAUCAACUCUGCCGCUUUACCCUCUGCCGUUACUAGCAGGCUGGCUUCGCUCUCUGCGCUUACUAACCAGAGCUCCGAUUCCCCGGCCUCGGCCCCUAACAAGUGCUACGGCCCGCCGGCCGUCCCCGCCCCGCAGAGGUCUUCCACCCCGGGCCUGGCCCUGUUCCCCGGCCUGCCCUCCCAGGCCACCAGCUCCACUUCCACCCCCGCCACUUUGCAGGUGCCGGCUCCUCUAGCCACGCCUGCGGCAUCCGCGACCUCAGUGCCCGUUAGCUGUGGCUCCUCGGCCACCCUGCUGCACGGCGCCCACCCCAGUAACUCAGACCUGCGCGUGUCGUCCACCCCUGCCCCCGCUGUCACAACCCUCCCCGUCAUGAUCAAAACCGAGCCCACGAGUCCCACUCCGUCAGCCUUCAAAGGCCCGUCUCACCCCGCGACCCCCUCCCACGGCACCCUCGGUCUGGCGGGGACUUUGGGCCGGGCGUACACGUCGGCCUCGGUGCCCAUCAGUUUGCCUUCUUGCCUUAACCCUGCGCUGUCCGGCCUCUCCAGCCUGAGUGCGCCCCUGAAUGUCUCCAACCCCCUGUCCUCCAUCGCCCUGCCCCCGCCCGGCUCCUCCGCCCCCAUCACUCCCGUCUUCACUGCGCUUCCUCCUUUCACUUCCUUGACCAAUAACUUCCCUUUGGCUGGCAACCCGCCUCUCAACCCCGCCGUGUCCCUCCCCGGGGCGCUAAUAGCCACCUCGACGGCCCCCGCCACCUCGGCACCCCUCCCUCACCCCAGCUCCACGGGGCCGGCCGCGCUCUCAGGACUCGCUGCCUCCGCGGCGCCGGUGUCUGCGGCGCCCUUCCCGCUCAACCUGUCCACCGCCGUCCCCUCCCUGUUCUCCGUGGCACAGGGGCCCCUGCCCGCCUCCACGCCCUCCUACCCGGGCUUCUCCGUCUCCAACACCCCCAGCGCCGCCCCAGCCCUGCCCUCCUUCCCGGGGCUGCAGGCGCCCUCCACCGUGGCCGCCGUCCCGCCGCUGCCCGUGGCCGCCACCGCGCCUUCGCCAGCUCCCGUCCUCCCCGGAUUCGCUUCCGCCUUUAGUUCCAACUUCAACUCCGCGCUUGUCGCCCAGGCCGGCUUAUCAUCUGGACUCCAAGCUGCAGGCAGUUCUGUCUUUCCAGGCCUUUUGUCCCUCCCGGGUAUCCCAGGGUUUUCCCAGAACCCUUCACAGUCAUCCUUGCAGGAGUUACAGCAAAACGCAGCCGCACAGUCAGCAUUGUUACAGCAGGUCCACUCAGCCUCAGCCCUGGAAAGCUAUCCAGCUCAGCCGGACGGGUUUCCUAGUUAUCCUUCAACACCAGGAACACCGUUUUCUUUGCAGCCAGGCCUGUCCCAGAGUGGGUGGCAAUGAAUAUAUUGUAAUACAGAUUCUCCUUUGGAACAACAUCGGAUGCCUGAGGACUGCAGUGAACAAUGUGACAAAUGUGAAGUUGGCCAAAAGUCAGGAAAUGAGGAUGAGAAUGAGCCUGGGGAAACUGGGAUAAGGGUUUAAAAACAUGGUUGCGUUUUUUUAAAUAAUUUUUUUAGUAUGAACACUCCCCUAUGUAAAUAUGCUGACAAUAAAUUGUAUGAAGAAUAGUGUUAAGAAAGUGUUUAGGGACUUUUCACCUCCCACCCUAUGAGAUUUUGAGUCAUGUGUGUGAUCUGUGUGGGGAGGAUACUAAGGAGGAGGUUGAACCCUUCGUAGCCAAAUACAGCCUUAAAUCUGCCUGUACAGCGUCCACUGACAGAAGUAGUAGUUGUGCCUCAGACUUACGGGUUGCAUGUGGCCCUGGGGGACUAACUGCCCUUGGUAUGCGUGAGUGGUUCCUGUUGGCAUCGCUGGAACUCAGUAUCCAUACUCCGUACGUAUCCACAAAAGGGACCUGAGGCCCACAGUUACUUUUAACUUCUGACGUUAACGAUCAUACGUACACUGCUGAAUUUAACUCAAUGUAUUUCAGGUAAGUGAAAAUGGUGCUUAAUACACUCUUCAGAAUGACUUUCAGGUGUUUUCAACUACUACAUGUAUAUAUAUGUCUUCAGAACUACUUUCUUACAGAAAUACAAGUAAGGCUUGUGAUAAUUUGCCUUCAAAACUUGUUUCUUAAUCUCAGCAGCAUCCAAAUGAGUGCGGAACAUUGGACUGACCCUUGGGCCACCUCUGUUGCUCAGUGUACUCUGGAAGCUCUUGGUGAAUGUUUACAGUCACGGGAUGUAGUGUUUCUAUUUGUACUUAAAAUCAGAUGCUUACCUAAAAUAAUUAUGUGACAACGGAUAGAGAAGACUUGCCCUGUUAGUAAGUAUGCGGUGUGUGCUCUGUUUAAGGAUCUGUGGUAGUAUAUAACACGAUUGAAUGUCAUUGAUUUAAGAAUAAUAACUGCCACAUUUGGGGGGACAGGGGAGUAGGGAGAAUGAUUUCCAAUCCUGUGAUUAAAAGUGCAAACUAUAGAAUCUACUGUAGUACAUUUCAGCGUCUAGAAGUUUUACUUUUAUAAAGAUGGUGUCUGGAAGAUGUUCUAAUGUAUUUUCCUUCAACCUGGGGAACAAACUUUUUUAAGUAUAUGAAUAAAUAUUCCUGUACGGUUAGUUUUUAACAAUUUUUUAAAAUAAACUUUGUGGAUACAAUA